AUCAAAGAUGCAAGGAAGCCAUCGAGCAUCACCCCACGCCAAUAGGCAUCGUCACCAACGCACAUCCCCCCUCAUACCCUGCCCUCAGCAUCACGACGGCGAGCUGGCUGCAAGGCUCAUCUGUCUCGGGCAUACACUCUUCGAUGUACCACUUGCCCUCCCUGGCGUGAUCGAGUGCGAGCGCCAGCCCACAGAGACUGCCCACCACCAUGGCCGAGGCUUCCAUCACCGUAGCAGUGCGAGUCAGGCCCUUCUCCGAGAGGGAAUCAGCUCAGCUCGCCCCUCAACAUGGCGCCUUGCCCUUCCUUGGCGAUGGUGGUCUCGGCGGCUCCCCUGCCAAGCAGUUGCCUCCCAUCGCAGGCCUACGUACCCGCUUUCUCCGGCCCAUUGUUCAUACAGUCGAUGAGAAGGUCCUCAUCUUCGAUCCACCCGACAAUAAUCCCCUCUCCAGACUCUACAAUAAUACGCAGGCCAAUUAUCUCGCUCAUGGCCAGAAGAGGGCAAAGGACGUGAGGUACGCGUUCGAUCGAGUCUUCAAUGACGGGGCUAGCCAGAGGGACGUCUUCCAGGGCACUACCAAUCCCCUCCUCGACGGCGUUUUGAACGGCUUCAAUGCCACUGUAUUUGCCUACGGAGCGACAGGUUGUGGUAAGACUCACACCAUUUCAGGCACUCCUGAAGAUCCGGGACUCAUCUUCCUCACGAUGAAGGAGCUCUACCAGCGUAUUGCAGACAACCAGUCUGAAUCAGAGGUGCAGUUGAGACUUUCAUACCUGGAGAUCUACAACGAAAUGAUCCGAGACUUGCUCUCGGAGGCUCCUACCCCGCCCGGACAAGGGCUGCCUCUCAGAGAGGACGAGGCAAACAAGAUGAGCGUCGUUGGCAUCUCAGAGCACUCGCCAGCAAGUCCGGAAGAGGUGCUGUUGAUGAUCCAGGAAGGCAACCAAAGGAGAACCAUGAGCCCUACAGAAGCAAAUGCUGUCUCAAGUCGGUCUCAUGCAGUCCUACAGAUCAACGUCACUCAGCGUCCCAAGACGGGUGACGUGAGAGAUGCGACUACGUCCGCGUCACUCAACAUCAUCGAUCUUGCUGGAAGUGAGAGAGCCUCGGCAACGUCGAACAAUGGAGCUCGUAUGAAGGAAGGAGCCAACAUCAACAAAUCGCUGCUAGCCUUGGGCAACUGCAUCAACGCACUCUGCCAAACGGGCGUAAAGCAGCAACACAUCCCUUACCGCAAUAGCAAGCUUACCCGUCUACUCAAAUUCAGUCUGGGUGGUAACUGCAAGACGGUCAUGAUCGUCUGCGUCAGCCCGAGCUCUGGUCAUUACGAAGAGACGCAUAAUACCCUCAAGUACGCUAAUCAAGCAAAGAAUAUCCGGACAAAGGUCAGCCAGAACGUCGUCAACGUCGACAGGCACGUCGCAACGUAUGUUCGGACUAUUCACGAGCUCAAGGAGGAGGUCGCUCAACUCAAAGCACAGCUCGCAGAGGGAGGUCCUGCCGAGACUGAAAGCGAGAAGAGGAAGAAGCGUGAGGCAAAGGCUGAGAUGGAGACUGUGCUCUCUGAAUUGCGGACCAAGGUGCAAGCUGCCAAAAUGAGCAUUGGUCGCGAGUCUCGCCAUGAAGCGGCAGUUCAGGCAGCAGAACACAGCUCGAGCUUGUACAAGCAGAGACUGGAUGAGAUCAAUGGUCUGCUGAGAGAGUGGAGAAGAGGAAAGGACGCCUCUGCCGAAGAAGAGGAGCCGCUGGAUUGGACGUCGGAGCGGACUUUCCUUCAGAGCCUCAUGCGCAAGGAUGAGAUUCUGCUGCAAGCCAGCCGAGAUGGCGCACGCAAUCUGAGUAGCUCAAUCGACCUUCUCAUGGGCUUGCUCAACAGAGCGCCAAGAAACAGUCGCUUCGAUGCAGAAUCGUCCGAGCGGGUCAAGCUGGUAGCAGACUCUCUCAAGGCCGAGGUGGAAGCAGAGAGGGAGAAAGCAAGAGCGCUUGCCGCCUUGGAAAGCUACCGGUCACAAGCCCAGAGAUGCUUGGGCUGGCUGGAAGUUGCUAGUCGCAGCACAGCACUCAUGAAGGACUUUGCGGGACAGCUGGAAUGGAGGGCUUCUCAUUGCGAAGACAAGGAAGAGGUUGCAACGCAUCUUAAGAAUCUUGUUGCAGCUGCCAGGAACGACAUCAAGCAGAACGACGACAAAUUCAGAGCCGAGACUGGCAAUGAGACGCAUGCGAGAAGGGGCACAUACGGCAGCAAGGGAGCAGGCCGCUCGACCGCUAGCGCCUUCCGCCGUCCGCGGGCUAGUCUUUUGAACAACGCAUCGGUCAAUGCCUCCUCGAGCAGGAACGGACCAGCGGCUUCCUCCUCGAAGCCUGCCGCCUUGCACACUCGACGCUCAUCAAUCACACAGGGUGUCCAUCGGCCCACUGCUGCAUCCACGCGCAAAGCAAGACCGAGCGUCGUUGCCACACAGAACAACCGAGUGGCUACCUUCUCUCCAGGCAGGUCACCAGCGAGGGUGAGACCUGGCAGACCUAGCCUUGCAGGACCAGCAUCGCGACCUCCCGUUGCCUUUGCAAGCAUGGCUAGAUUGGGCACUCCCGCAAGCACACUCGAUGGCCAGACGACCAGCACGAAAACAGGCUCGAUGGAACCUCCGAGUGCACCUUCGAGCAAUGCUGUGAAAGGCGUCCGCUUCCAAGAAGCAAAGGAGCACGACGGCAAAGCAGCACCGGUUGUCAGAGCUCUCUCUCCACAGCUGUCCAUUGCAUCUGCCUCUUCGGAUGUCUCGGCCGAGUGGGAAGACGUCAAGGCGAGAGAAGCCAGUGAGCCCACGGCACGUAGAGUACCUGUGGCUCCAGGACCGCCGAAGGUGGCCCCUCCGGCUGCCAAGCCAGCAGGUCGUCGAAGUCUGUUCGGCAACAACAGCAUCGUGCCUCAAGCUCCUUCGCAAAGGCCCGCCUUCAAGCUAAGUGGCCUCGGUGGAAGCAAUGGCGCCCUGAACGAGGAAGAUGAAGAAGAGGAAGAGGAGGAUGAAGCCGCUGGACAACGCUUGCGACCGAGCAGGAACUCUGGCAACUUCUUCAACAACGCUGUCAAUGCCGAGCUGGGCAACGAGCAACCCCCUGCCAAGAGGGCGGGCUUCAGUGCACCCACAGCAGCAAGUAGAGCUCGACGUGUAGAGACGACUGCCGGUCCUCCUUUUGGAUCUUCCUCCCUCUUCGGAGACGAGAACGUGGCAUUGCCCACGGUGACCGCCACCUCACAUCGACUGAGGGACCAAGUAGCUCCUUACAAGUUGCGAGAUUCCGAAGCCGGCCCCGCCCGACGUGGUAGAGGCAGUCUAGGCAGCAUGGGCAGCAAGAGUACCGCAGACUCUUCCCUGCUGGGCGGUGGCGGCCAAGGAUCGACUGGCGGUCUGCUAGCAAGCGUACGUGGGCCAUCGAUGCCUCCUCCACGCACAAGCAUGUUCCCUUCUGCUUCGAGUGGAGCUCCAGCAGGUGGCGCUGGAGGUGGGACGAGCAUGUUCGCCAGCGGGAAAGUCAGCUCCCUCGUCCUGCCCAAUGGCGCUGCCAGCGGGAGCGGGAGCAUUCGCUCUGGUCGUACGAGCGGGGGAAGUACAGGGAGCAGUAGUACCUCUUCGAGCGCUUCCACCGCAGGCGUGAUCCCACCAGGGUCGAGCACAAGUGCCAGCCUGAGUGGCGGAAUCACAAAGGCGUAUGGUCCCCCAAGUCAUACCGCCUCGCGCAGUCGCCUUUCGCAAGCACCCACCUCUAGCGCGAGCGGUCGAAUAACACCUAGU